CUGGGUUGGGACCACUGUCUCUUCUGUCACUCGUCUUGUGAGCUCCGUCGCUCUCUUUUAUCUCCCCCUUUGUUUUAGCUCCUCUCUUCCGAUCUCGGCGACCGCUUUCUUCCCCCUCCACGAUGUCGUCGGCUUCAACUGCUCUGAUCCCCUUGGCCCCGCUCCACCGGUUCUCCGCGGUUAAUGGUGCCCGGAGAUCGUUCCUGUGUCACAGGAACCCCUGGAGAUCUAGGGUUUUCAUGAGCGUCUCGGUCGGAUCGCGAGCUACAGUGGGAAAUGAUGCCCUCUUCCAAGAUUAUAAGCCCUCUUGUGCUUUCCUCUUUCCUGGCCAGGGAGCACAAACUGUUGGAAUGGGGGUGGAAGCUCAGAAUGUGAAUGCUGCUGCUGAAUUGUUUAAGAAAGCAAAUGAUAUACUUGGUUAUGAUCUCUUGGAUGUUUGUGCCAAUGGGCCAAAAGAAAAGCUUGAUUCAACAGUAAUAAGCCAGCCAGCCAUAUAUGUUACCAGUCUAGCUGCAGUUGAAGUAUUGCGGGCACGUGAUGGGGGUCAGGAUAUAAUCAAUUCUGUAGAUGUCACUUGUGGCUUGAGCUUGGGAGAAUAUACAGCCCUUGCAUUUGCUGGUGCAUUCAGUUUUGAGGAUGGUCUCAAGCUUGUCAAGUUAAGAGGAGAAGCAAUGCAGGAUGCAGCUGAUGCUGCUAAAAGUGCUAUGGUCAGUGUCAUCGGACUGGACUCUGAAAAGGUGCAGCUGUUAUGUGAUGCUGCUAACGAAGAAGUUGAUGACCAAAAUAAAGUUCAGAUCGCAAACUUUUUAUGUCCAGGUAAUUAUGCUGUUUCUGGUGGUGUGAAGGGAGUUGAAGCAGUGGAAGCUAAGGCAAAGUCUUUUAAGGCUCGGAUGACGGUACGCCUUGCUGUUGCUGGUGCUUUUCAUACCAACUUUAUGGAACCGGCUGUCUCCAGAUUAGAAGCUGCGCUCGCGACAACAGAAAUCAGAACGCCAAGGAUUCCAGUUAUAUCAAAUGUGGAUGCCCAGCCACACUCAGAUCCUGAUACGAUCAAAAAAAUUUUGGCACAACAGGUGACGACUCCUGUGCAAUGGGAACUGACGCUGAAGACUCUGUUAAACAAAGGGUUGAAGAAAAGCUAUGAGUUGGGACCUGGAAAGGUUAUCGCCGGAAUCUUGAAAAGGAUGGAUAAAUCGGCUGAUCUUGAGAACAUUGGUGCUUGAUAUUGUUUCUAAAGACACUCGAAUGUUGAAACUUCAAAAGAUGAGACUCAAAAGUCUUCAUUUGCAUUUAUCCUGGAUGAGCUUGACAUGCAGAAUUCCGGAGUAGCACAAAGAGGCCAGCGAAUAAGGUACGGUGUCGAAUGCCCAUUUUUAUGACUUUCUUUUUAUCGUUGCCUUUUUUUUUUUUAAUGUUCGCUUUUGAUUAUGAGCUCGGUCGGUCGUGUUGUUUAGUCAGUCAGACGUUUAUGCAUUUACCAAUUGAACACGUCAAAUCUGCUUAGAUUUGUUCCCAAGUUGUUGCACUUUUUAUA